AUGGCAACCAAGGCAAACGGCACGGAGACUCCUGAUGUUGAUAACCUGUACCAUGUGCUCCUCAGCACCUCCCACAUCCAAAGAGACCCCAACGGCGCGAUAGAGAAGCUCCAAGUGUGCGCGACCUUUACCGAUCUCAAGGCAGCCAAGGCCGAGGCACACAAGACCCUGUUCGAGGCCGGCUAUGAACGGGAAUGGUUCACCGUGUAUGAUACAAACCAAGAAGAGUUCGCCGCCCAUCACGUCAAACGAAGAACAGGCCUCGCCGUCUAUGCGAAGGCGCAGGAUGGCACCAUCUUCCGCAGUUACGUGGCCACAGCACUAAACACGCAAGGUUUCCAAAGUGACGCCGAGGACCACAAGAUCCAUUUCCCGCUCUAUCACGUCAUUGAAACGAUUGUCCUGUACGAUGAGGACGACAGUGGUGAAGCCAGGGAAACGAACGUGGAGGGCUCCUUCCGAACUUACGAGGAGGCAAGGAAGUUUGCAAGCGAGGUUCUCCUGGCGCCCGAAGACGGCGUGACAAAGGAGUCGUUCGCACAGUACGACGAGGCUGGGCCGUCAGAGAAGGAUUGUGGAUAUGGUGAGAAUGUCGUCGUGCAUGCUGUGGGUGGUAACGGGGAAAACUUGCUGGUCAGCGUGCUGAAGGGCCAGGAGCUUGAAUCCGUGCGGUUGGCGGAGGCGGCGAUCAGAAUCCGUUCAUUCAACUGA